AACCAGCUUCGUCAUUCACACGUCUACGACGGUACUGGCAGGCAUUCUCGUUUCCCACGACUCACGCACCCUUCGCAGAACGGAGCAACCCAAAUGACAUUUCCAAGGACGUGGACGGCACUUCUAGUUCUAGCAUUGAAGAUCCAGCGGGGAACAGCCACAGUUGCAGAUAAUUGUUCUAAUACCUACGCCGGAAACUGCUAUAUCUUCGAUUUCACUGAAAAAGGAAGCACCUGGGAUAAUGGACAAAUCAUCUGCAAUAGAUUUAACUACAAUUUGGUAUCAGUCAGCGAUAGCGAUGAAAACAAUUAUAUUCAAAGCCUCAUCCGAAGUCAUGACAAUGACUUCAAAAACAGAACCAGAGAGACCUGGAUAGGUCUCAGCAAACGGCCAUCUGAUACCACAUUUACAUGGUCAGACAAAUUUCCGUUUGUCUACAACAACUGGAAGAAUGGUUACAAGCCAACAAUGACUACGAAUAGUGGCUGUGUCUACAUGGACAAGAAUGGGUACUGGGCGAUUGCAAACUGUAGGACUGAGAAAUCUGUUGUGUGCAAGAGAGCUAUCAAGGGCAGUCCCCUGGAAUUCCCAGCAAAUGGUAACAUGACCAGUAAUGAUUCCACAAUGGCAAUCAAGUGCAGUCGCCUGGAAUUCCCAGCAAAUGGUAACAUGACCAGUAAUGAUUCCACAAUGGCAAUCAGCACUGUGGUCACAUUUUCGUGCAAACACGAAUUCAGACUAAUAGGUUCCACCACAAGAACCUGUACCUCAGAUGGAUGGACAGGAGAACGAACAAUUUGUCGAAAAGACAACAUCCUUUCAAAUGAAGCUUUGCCUCCCACCACUUUAUCCCACUCUCUUUCCCAUCAAACAGAACCAGAUAAUGUUAGCAGCCAAACCAAUCAGACAAUCGUUGAUGGUGGAAAUGUCAUACCUGUGACACAGCUCAUAGUCCUGUCAACUACAACAUUUAUCCAGACAACAACACAAUCAUUAACCAGUACAUUACCCGGAAAUAGCCACAACAACAUUAUCUUGGAUGAAGUGGCAAUCAUUGGAGGAAUGUUUGGAUGUAUCAUAUGUUUGCUCAUCAUCAUCAUCAUCAUAGCAAUAAACAAAUCAAAGAAAAGAAGAUCAACAAAGCCAACACAAGCAACAAGCAUUCUGGAAGAAGGGACACCCAGUGAAAGUUCAGGUUCAACUGAACAAGGAGACAAUACAUUAAUUUCAUUCAGAGAGGUCAAUGACAGUUGCUAUGACCGUUUAGCUAGUUUUUCAACAUCUGAUGCUAACACACUAAACAACAACCAACGUGAGACAAGUUCUACAGCUUUUGGAGAGGGUGUUUCUAAGAGUGACAAUUUCACCACUGAUUCAGCACCAAAUCUGCAAAUCCAAUCUGAACAUACAGGUGACACAUAUUGUCAGCCAGGAGAAAUAUUCAAGAAUACAAUUCCAGCUUUUGCCACAUCUAUGCAGGAUCACAAUCAAGACGAGUCCGCAGACAGGAGAUUGGUGGGCAUUAGCAGGAGAGAUGCUAGUACAUGUGACACUGUAGAAACUGAAUCUAGUUCCAAAGUCGUACAGGGCAGAGACAGGCAACACAGUGCAGCUCUUGUUGCUAUACAUGCAAAAGACUACAUGCAGCCAGACACAAUAAUACACAAACAAAAAGCACGAAAUAGUGCAGGCAGUGAUGGAUACCAUGAGGCUGGAGUGGUUUUCGAUAGAGAGUCACAUUUCACUUGUGAGAUUUUGAUGAAUAACGACAACAAGAGUACCUACUGUGAGACACAGCCAAUCGUGGGGAAACUCGAGGCAGCCACUGCUUGGAAAAGUGAGGUAGAAAGUGUAAAAAAAGACGACAUAGUACACAAGCUCCAUGAUGGUUCUGAAACGUCAACAAACAGCAGUCACGAGAUCUGUAUUACAGCUCUAUCUGACAGAAACAAAGGCACUAAAACUCAAGAUGAAGGAUACUGUGAACCCGCCCAAUUGUUCCAAACAGAAUCAAAUUCAAGUGGCAAUGAGACUGGUGAUUAUGAUGAUAAAAUGAGUUACCGGCAACCGGGAAAAACAGCAAAAGAGUUGUAUGUUCAGCUCAAUGGAAGCAAGAUCCGACAAAUUGACUGCGAUUGCUUAACAAUGUGUCAAGUCGUUGGCUCUGGGGCAUUUGGAAAAGUUACAAAAGCAGAGUGGAUGAUUGGGGGAUUAAAGAGAAUGGUUGCAAUCAAAACUCUCCACACCGAUUCAGCUGAGAACAACGUAAAGUUUCUACGUGAAGCAGCCAUAAUGAGUCAAUUCCAUCAUAGAAAUGUUGUCACAUUCUAUGGAUUACAAACACAAAGAUCACCGAUGUUUAUAGCAGUAGAAUUUAUGGAGAAUGGCGACUUGAAAGAUUAUCUCGACAAACUUAAAUGUAUCAACAGAUCAGACACUGCUUUCAUGUUGCUGCGUGCCUCGCAAGAAAUUUCCGAAGGGAUGAUGUAUCUUUCAGCCAAGUCAUUCGUCCAUCGAGAUCUCGCUGCUCGAAAUGUCCUGGUGGACGGCGAAUUCACAAUGAAGAUUGGUGACUUUGGUCUUACUCGUGAUCUUAUCGAUGAGACUUACUAUCUUAUACAUGGCAAACUAUUGCCAGUUCGAUGGACAGCUGUUGAGGCUCUGAAUUAUCGUAAGUACAGCACUGCUAGCGAUGUGUGGAGCUACGGUGUGCUACUUUAUGAAAUCUGGUCGUUGGGUCAACACCCAUUUGCAUCAGCAGCCAACAAUAAAGAAGUGGUUGAUAUGGUAACGAAAGGACACCGCCUACCACCACCCAAUGGGUGUCCACGAGAAGUUUAUGAAUUGAUGAUCGACUGUUGGCAUCCUGAUCACCAUAAGAGACCAACUUUCAUCGACAUACAAGAGAGGCUGCACAAGCGCAGGAAACAAACUCCAAAUAGUCAUGAUCGAGUGUACACAAGCAAACCGAGUGAAUGGCCGCCUGUAAAUUACCAAGAUUUAGAGUACAGGUACCUCUCAUGAUCAGCAAAUAACACAAAUGGGUGAUUAUGAACUCAAUUAACACAGAAUAAAGGGGUUAGCAGUAGUAUAAUGGCUGAUUAUCAUGCAAUAGAUGCCAUGCUGUCUUA